AUGCCGGAUGUCAGCAAGUGUCAAAGCUUAAUGUCACGGUCUAGAAAUGGUGUAAAUAUAUAUGCGACACCAUUGAGGACGUCCUAUUCAUUUGGUAGCCAGCCACCAAGGACUGCUUCAGUACAGUCAAGCAAGUAUUACUUGUCAACAGCAGACGUGAUUCUUCGCAGCAUCUUUGGGCGUGAUUCGCCAAAAGUGUUUAUGCAAUGUCAAAGAAGAGGCCGCUCAAAACCAAAAAUUACAAAUAAAUCUUUUUAA